CAAGGUCGCGUCACCCGCAAUGUUCUCUCGGACGUUCAGUCGUGUGUGUGAGAGAGUUAGGGUCACUUGACAAACUGCGUGUGCGUGUGCGUGUGCGUGUGUGUGUGUGUUUUGACGAGAGUGAAUCGCGUCCCUCGUGCGCGUGCGACUUGAAGGCAUCAUUUGACGAAUCGUCGUUAAGAAGCGAAAUUUGUUGUCGUGCUCUUUCGGUUUUGUCCGCCCGCCCGUCGUCAUGGCAACAAUGUUUGCUCAUAUCCUGGUCAAGUUUUCUUUGGUUUUCACUUUGACCGGUUUCUGAAACGGAUUGUUUUUGUGUGUUUUGCAACCCGCCGCAUAUUCAGAAGAAACAGCAUGGGAGGUCCUGUUCCAGAUGGCCGAAGUGCACAGACGCAUCCAGGUCCAGCUGGAGGAGAUGCUGAAGUCGUUCCACAACGAGCUGCUGACGGAGCUGGAGAAGAAAGUGCAGAUGGACGCUCGCUACCUCAACGCGGCGCUCAAGAAGUACCGGACGGAGCACAAGAGCAAAGGCGAGAGUCUGGAGAAGUGUCAGAACGAGCUGAAGAAGCUCCGACGCAAAAGUCAGAGCGGCAAAACGCUCGACAGGCACGGCGAGCGGCAAACGCAGCAGAUGGCGGCCAUGACGGAGCCCGGCGCCAAAACCCUGCCCGGACCUCCGCAGCCGGCGGCGCUCAGAAGCAGCGGCGGCCCGCAGAGGUUGACGGGAGUCGGCGCCGCGGCCGGCGACGGCGCCGAGCGCUACCGACGGCGGCCCGAGUCCAAAGCGGCGGCCGCGCCCCGGGGCGAGGCGUCGUACUCCAACACGUUGCCCGUACGCAAGGCGGCGCCCGCCAAGAGCAAGACCUCGCUGGCGUCGCCCGGCACCCUGCCCCGCUCCAGCUCGAUGGCGGCGGGCCUGGAGAGGAACGGGCGCGGCGGCGGCAGCGCGCGGGUGCAGGCGCUCUUCUCGCACGCGGCCGGCGACAACGGCACGCUGCUGAGCUUCAAGCAAGGCGACCUGGUGACGCUGCUGGUGCCCGAGGCCAGAGACGGCUGGCACUACGGCGAGAACGAGGAGACGCGCAUGCGAGGCUGGUUUCCCUUCUCGUACACACGCGUCAUCGCGGAGGCCGACGGAGACUCCGCCGGGCGACUUCCGCCGCACACCGUCAUAUACGUGUGACACCGUGUUUUUCUCGUGUCGUCGUUUCCGACAUCACGCCGCCUGCGUUUUCGUUUGCAGCCUCCAUCCCGGGAAGAGCAGCAGCACGGGAAACCUCCUGGACAGAGACGACGCCGCCGCCGCCGCCGUCGCCAACUACCGCAGCCUGGCCCGCGCCAGACAAGCGCACUCCUACGCCGUCGCCUUGCCGGCGGGCUUCUCGCAGGCAGCAGUGGAAGAAUACGAUCCGGCCCGUUUCACCAGCAGUGCUUCAGAAGUCAAACUAAUUUCCACAGUGUGAGGACGGACGGACGGAUUCGAUCCCCCUCUGCAAAUUGACAACAGGAACAGGAAGUGUCCCCACCAGGAAGAGGAAGCGGCGGUCGGUCCGUUCUCCGUGUAAACUGGUGCAAAAGUAUCUCCUGUACACACACUGAAUGUCAUAAUCAGAACAAUAAUCAUCAUCAUCAUCAUAAUAUAUUUGCUGAUGUACAUGCGGAGUGUGUGUGUGUGUGUGUGUGUAUAUAUAUAUAUAUAUAUAUAUAUAUAUAUAUAUAUAUAUAUAUAUAUAUAUACACACACACACACACACACACACACACAUAUACUGAAUUUCCUUAUUUGUCUUGUGUGAGCACUUUAUAUAAAGCUUUGGACUUUUUUAUUAUUAUUUUUUUUUUCGUUGAGGAUAUUCCCACACUGUGAUGGAGGCUUCAAUAAUGACAUUAUUACAUAUACUUUUGUCAUUAUUAUAUUUAGCUAUCGUGUAUAAUUACAUAUUGACAUAUGUAUAUUUCAAUGAUAUCGCUGACACGAUUAUGUAUAUUACAUAGUUAUUUACAUGAUUACCUACAGUAUAUUUCUUAACAUGAUUACAUAUAGCUACGUUAUGAGGUAUGACGACGACUCACUGUGAGUCUUUACAGUCAGAUCAGCUAUUUCAGGCGCCCUCGCCCCAAGUGCCACUCAGUGCCCCAAAGGGUAACGACGGCCUGUGGUUUCAUUUGAAGUCUGUACGGAGGCUAAAAACAAGGAAAAUGGGGAACACUCACAAACUGACAGCAAUUUCAACAAAUAUACCAAUAAAUGAGUCACAAGAAAAAGUUGACUUGUCUCUUG